GCGGGCCGCGAGAGUUCGUCGUCUACCGUCACUCGUGUCUCCAGCCUGUUCACGCCUCCUGUGAUCGCAUGCGCGCGUGUGCGCUGCAGGUGUGCUACAUCAAUGGUGUGCUGCUGUUGUGUGAGUGAGAGUGUUUCCAAGAGAAGACACAUCCUCGCGAGCUGAUAAAGCAGGUGUCAGGUGAUCGUGAAGUGAGUGGAAGUGAGUGAUAAAGUGAUGCUGGGGCGAGUGAAGAAAGCUCGCUCCCUGGGCUGGCUGCAGUGGAGAGGCGGGACAUCGCGUCCGGGAGGCGGCGACUCUUGCAGCUGCGACUGCCCCAGCAAAGCCUGGUCUAGCUCCGACCACAUUCACGACAACAGGUAAUGCAGCACAUAUUACGACCAAUCUUCCUUUCAUGCCAAGAACUGAGACUUUGUGAUAUCUUCACAGGUAAGUGAGCCAGGGUCGGACGAGUGUUCCACACAUUCCUGCGCGUUCGUCGCCGCUGCCCAGCUGGUUCGUGCCGCCACCGCUAGAUGGCUCUGGCUGCUCCGUAGGCCGCACCACAGCCUAGAUCCUCUCCCGCCAAUCUCCAUGCUGGAGUACUGGGCCCAUCCCGCGGUGGCGACGAGAUUCGAGCCGAGCCAGAGUUCACGCAACCAAUCACUAUUGAAAUAUGCAUCCGAGGAAGGUGUGUCGCAACUGCAAGUCUCCUCGAGAGAACCACGGAACGCCGAUGACAAGCAACCCUCUGGGGCAGGGUGCGGGACCUCCACCGCCAUCGCUGCCACUGGGGCUACCUCUGCCGCUGGCAGACCCUGCAGACAAGCUGCUGGGAAAGGUCGUGCCCUACGGACAGCCGCCCGCCUGCGACCCUCACCGCCACUCCCAGUCCGACGACGACUCUGGGUGUGCGCUCGAGGAGUACACGUGGGUGCCACCUGGCCUGCGGCCCGACCAGGUGCACGUGUACUUCUCGGCGCUGCCCGAGGACAAGGUGCCGUACGUGAACUCGGCGGGCGAGCGCAGCCGCGUGAGGCAGCUGCUGCAGCAGCUGCCGCCGCACGACAACGAGGUGCGCUACUGCCACGGCCUCAGCGACGAGGAGCGCAAGGAGCUGCGCCUGUUCUCGGCGCAGAGGAAGAGGGAGGCGCUGGGUCGCGGCGCCGUCAGGCAGCUGUGCGCCGCCAUGGCCUGCGACUCGUGCCAGGAGCGGCUGUCCGGUGGUGACGUAGCUGUGUUCGCGUCGCGGGCCGGCCCCAACACCUGCUGGCACCCCGCCUGCUUCACCUGCAGCGUGUGCAAGGAGCUACUAGUCGAUCUCAUAUACUUCUUCCGCGACGGCAAGCUGUACUGCGGCCGACAUCACGCCGAGACACUCAAGCCGCGCUGCUCUGCCUGUGACGAGAUCAUAUUGGCGGACGAGUGCACGGAAGCAGAAGGACGAGCCUGGCACAUGAAGCACUUCGCGUGCUUCGAGUGUGACCGACAGCUCGGCGGGCAGCGCUACAUCAUGCGAGACGGACACCCCUUCUGCCUCCACUGCUUCGACGCCAUGUUCGCCGAGUACUGCGACUCUUGUGGCGAGCCCGUCGGCGUGGACCAGGGUCAGAUGAGCCACGAAGGCCAGCACUGGCAUGCCACAGAACAGUGCUUCUGCUGCGGCACGUGCCACGCCUCACUACUUGGUCGGCCCUUCCUUCCGCGCCGUGGUGCUAUCUACUGCUCCAUCGCCUGCAGUAAAGGCGAACCCCCAACGCCAUCCGACAGCUCCGGGCGGUCGCGAAUACCGCCCACCAACUCCACGAGCACCCCGCCGAGUUCAGCGCCGUCCAGCCCGCACUCAACGCCAAUGCAGUGCGGUCGCUACUCGCGUAAUCACAGCCAACAGCCUCCCAGGAGCCCCGGCCCCGCGCGCUCCCCCAAGAUGGGGCGGCGCGCCCUGCAGCGGGCCUCGCCCUCCAGGAGCCUCACGCCCCCGGAGGCGGAGGAGGCGCCGCGUGGCAAGGGUCUGGACCGCGAGCUGCUCGAGAGGAACCUGGAGCGCCUGCUGUCGGAGCGAGGGGGCGGCGGGGGCGGCGCGGAGGCGGCGGCGGCGGCGGCCAGCCCGGAGCUGGAGCGGCUACUGCACGCGCGGGACCGCAGCCGCGAGCCGCUUCACCUCGCCGACGCCAGCCUGAGUCUGGACGCGUGGCCCGCCGCCGAGGACCCCGCCCACGGCCUCGCCGCCUCCAUGCCCGAGCUGCCGCCGCCUCCGCGCCGCAAGGCCCAGCUGAGCGUGCGGUUCGAGGGCUGCGAGGCGGUGCCCCGGAGCCGCAGCUACUCGGGCCGCGACGCCGGCUGCUCCACCUGCUCGUCCUCCUCCAGCAGCGACGACUGCGCCUACGAGCUGCCGCCGCGGCGCGCCUACGGUGGCGUGCGCAUCUCCUACGUUCCCAACGACGCCCUGGCGUGCGCGCGCCGCUCGCAGGCGCCUCGAGCGCCCCGCUCGCCCGCCAGGAGGGACGACAAGAACUGCGUGCUCUCCUGAUCCCCGCUGCGGCCCCACAGCACUGGUGCCCCACUGUCAGAUGUACCGAUAUUUUUUUAGCGCUCCGACUGAUUAAACCGACAAUACCUUACAAUUAUUGUAGUGUAACUAUAUUUCACUACAUAGAUGCAUGUUAUAAUAAGCAAUAUUUUGUAUAUUGUUGAAAAUUUGUGAUUGUGAUAGAUUCAAGAUGACUUCACUAUUUAAAAUUAGAUUUCCAAGCUUCUAAAAAUUAUUCCAAACUGAGAAGAUAACUUCUGAAUCAGGAAUGUGCUAAUAUUAGUGGCGGUGAAAUAUCAACUAUUGAGGAAUGACUAAAGAGUUAUCUAGAAACUCAUUGUUAAUUAUUAUCUUAGUUUUAAUCCAGCAGGUUGUUUGGUUGCAGUAGUUGCAUCACUCUAUUCUACUUUUGUGUUUGGGAUUCGGCACCCUGUUUAGUGUAGCUCGUUCUAGGUUGUCCUCCUGCUGUAUUACCUCAAUAAUAGUGGUCUGAAAGUUGUGUCCGAGAAGGAGUCGUUCUUUUAUGACUCUCUUUGCACUUUAUCAUCUUCUCCAGACCUCAAAGACACAACCUCGCUAUCCAGCUUGUCUAAGGCAUUCUUCUAUAACACCAAGCUUCACUAUACUCAUUCUUCCUUUCCUUUGCAUCUUGGACGGUCCAAACUUCACUGCUGCAUAGUUUUCUUAAUGCUGAUGGAAACAGUGUUUUUGUGUUCAAGAAUAUCUUCUCGUAGUUGAGUUUCUUCUUCACUUGAGCUAUCCGGCCGACUAUUUCUUUAAUUUUCUUUCAUCGUUCGUGAACUUGCAGCUCAGGUAGGUUUAUUCUCUCACUUCCUGCAGCUUUACUUUUACCACCUUCUCUACUUCUACGCAUCAUCACUGUGGUUUUAGGCUGUUGAUUCUCAUUCCAUAUGCUCAUUCCCUGCUCACCGCAACAAACUCCAUGUCGUCUGCAAUCGCUUUCAAUCCCCUCACAGCUCCUCUCACUUCCUCUAUAACUUCUUGCAGGUGAAAUUUGAAGGUUCUUGCUGAGAGGGAAUGGCCCUCCACCAUUUCCCUUGUUUUUGUGGUGAGAAUACAUUUACAUCUUUACAAAUGUGUUUUGGUGAUUAAUAUGAUAACAAUGCAGGAGAUUUCUAACACAAAAAUUUGUGCUUGCAGUUCAAAGUAAACACAUUUCCGUUGUUACUGGACAAUACUGCUUACAGAACAGAAUUGUGGACAUAAUUUUACAUAUCUCACAAUGAGCGCCUUGGCGAAGUUUCUUGGCCCAAUCCCCUCCAACCCGCUACUGCACAUCUCUCUGUUCUGCAGGGUUUACUAGCAUAUAAAGUUACUGCAUGUAGAGUCUUUCUGUUAUGUUUUGGCUACAUACACAUUACUACAUCUCUACGCUUGUUGUCUAUUAUAAAAUGUUUGUAAUAGCCAUUACAAAACACAUGCAACUACGUGAAAGUGUGAUAGUGUUUUUAGGUAGUUUUCAAAUAAAUGCUACCUGUAGUCUUUAGCCUGUAGCCUUUGCCAUGGUUUGACUUCCAGAAAAUUUUUAUAUAGUUUUUCGUUUUAUGGUCCAUAGACCCUAAAACCAUCAUGAACUCAAAAGUUGAUAGAUAUAUAUAAAAUUAAAUUGUGGUAAAUAAAUAACAUUUUUGUGGACAAGAUAAAUGCCACAUUUUUUUACAUAGGUCACUGUCAUCUCAUCCUAUAAGUUUGAAGAAGAAAAAAUGUAAUCAAGUAAAUAAUUAAAACUGUACAUCAUCUUUAUAUAUAUGUUGGAAGUCCAUUACUGCAAAGGGUUAAAAAAAACUGGGGUUGAAAAAACCUGGGGUUGAAAUAAGAAAAUAAAUAAAUCUUCCCUAUUAUGUACUCUAUCAAAUUUUUUUUGUUACCUUUUUUAAUAUUGUUGAAAACUUUCAUCAAAGUACGUUUUAUGUAAUAAACCAUUACUGCAAGGGGUGGAAAUAACAAGGGUAGAAAAACAAAAAAGUUAUUACUUUUUUAAUAGAUAUACUAUCAAAUUGGUUAUAAUUUAUUGUAAAACUUCUAAACUUUAUCUAAAACCUUUGGAUGAAACAAUUUUUGGUGAAAUGAACUUUACCGUAAAAAAAAGUGAUUGAAAUUUAAAAAAAAUUAAAACCUUCAUAAUAUAAAAUUAAUCAGAAUUUAUUUUUAAACACCUUAAUAUUACCUUAUACUUUUGUCCAAAAAGAAAUUUAUACGACGACUUAAUAGUCCAAGGGAUAAUAAAAUAAUGUUUGAAGGUAAAAGAUAAUUGCGUAGCUACCUUAGUACGAAAUUUGUUAUUUUUAGGGAACCUGUGGAUGUUUGAUUGUCAUACAUAACAUUAAUAUAAAUUGAAAGCAAAUACAGAUUUCCUCAAUGCACAUGUUAACCAAUAGUUCAAGAAAAAUUUUUGCUACAUCUCUUAAACAGUAAUACUAUACUAGUUCAAAUUCAAACCUUUCAAUAAUGUGCCGCUGAAAACAGCACUCAGUCUGUUUUUCAGGCGAUUGGCUAGUCACUAGCAAUUGACUGAACGUACACUUUUUCUUAAGUCUUAUUUUAUCAACUGUCCUACCAUUGAUCAUCCUUAGGCUAAUCAGUUUAUAGUUGCCUAUUCUGUAUGCUUGAAACAACUAUAGUGUGGCCAUGCAGAUUCUGUUUCACAUAUGCAUUUUUUAAUGAAUUUUUUUAUUCACUUACGAGUGCUUCGACUUGACCAAUACUGCCUGAAAGUGCCCCGAGAACUUGUGUACCUACUGGUUAAUUUUUCUCCAUGAUAAGUGACUGUAUGUCUCUGUAAAGUACAGUCACACAAAGCUAAUCUUGGUACAGUAUACUAAGUUAGCCCUGCUGCCUCUUCACAAAAAAGCAGCUAACAUCCUAUGUUAUUUCAAAAACAUUCACCAUAUGGAAACAUACCUAUAUACUUACCAUACUAAAACAUAUAUUUUAUAAUUGAGUAUGAAUACAUGCAAGGAAACAACUGGAGAAAAUCAGUGGCUUGUUUAUCGUUAAUUCAUCUAUAGCUCUAACGUCUAAGGUUACGUAUGUUAUUUAAUAACAGUAUGUGAGAAUGACUAAAAACAGUCUAAGUAUUUUUGUUGAACCGUAUCAUUCAUUAAGCAGUUAUAUUGAGUGAUGGACAUUCUACUCCUAUGGCAACAUACAACAGUAUUUUCAGAAACAGUUUAACUGUGGUUGAGACCUGCAGCUGUGUAGUUUCCUGUAGUAGAAUCCAUGCAGUGUAAAUACAGUGGAUGAACACAGGCAGGGAAAACAGGAACUAAUACCAGAGUGCAGGCAGCAAUGACUUUCGAUAAGCCUGCUGCUGUAUCAAACUACUAAUAAGAUGAUGUUUGCUGUGCAGUGAAUUAUGUUUCAAUCAAGUAAACAUAUACAUUGAUAAAAAAAACUUUUCAAUUUCCCUGCUAGCAAAACUACCGUUAAGUUACUUGGACAUCAAAAAGAAUGUUUAUACGUAUUUAUUCUUUGAAACUUUAAUAUUUUCCACAUUAAAAAAAAAAGCAUCCAUAAAACUGAAGCAAAAUGUACUCACCAUAUUAAUUAUUUGAGAAACUCUGGCCAACACAAAUUUAAAAUUUGACAAAUCCCAAAUUUACCAAAAUGAUGCACCAAUAUUCUCACCAGGCUGUAACGUUCGUAAUCAUAAAUAGUGGAACAAGCAGCUCUCUUGUCCCAUUCAUUCCUUUCGUUCCCAAUUGCAAAGUCCCUCAGAGACGCGUCACCAACGAGAAUUGUGCACGUCAGCUCGCUGCUUGGCACCUAGAGGUGAAGAGACGUGUGAUGCGUGAGCCAGUGUCGCCCUUAGCUGUGAGAUAACCUACAUGCAUGUGGAGAAUAAAGUGCCUGAUAUUCUAGAGAUGGUUUAAAUGUUUGAGUAGCCAUAUAUCAUACUCCAAAUGCAGAUAAUGGAGGACCAGAGGACACUUGUGUUACUCUCUACAGACAUUAAGGAUAUCUGAGGAAUAUCUCCAAGAUCGCAACUUGAAAUCAUUGGAAUAUCCUUAGAAUAUUAAUGUUCUUUGUGGAUCCUGGUAACAAUAGGCCUAUAAUAUAGCUGUCGCAGAAAAAAACACAAUUUGUUGCCAAUAUUGAAAAAUUAAUGGAGUAAUUAAGUUCACGAUUAUUUUUUUCAAAAAUCAGUCAGAAGCUGUGAAAAAUUUGAAUGAUAGCAUUCUAGUAUAACACAUAUGUUUUACCAAAUGUUCUUAGUUUAUGGGGGGGGGGGGGGAACUAGCCUACGAUCAAUUCUUUGCUACAGCAGUCUAUAGGCACCGUGCGCGCUUCUCUGCUGUUGCAUCACCAGCCUUGAGGGGACAUCGUCAAAAUGGUUAGCAAUAUUUAUGAUUAUAAAAAGCAAAAAGGCAAUAUGAAUUGCUCUGUGGUUAGGUACAGUAAUGCUUACAGAAAUACAUAAUAAGAUAUUUUCUUUAUUCAUUCCCAAAGCGGAAAACUGAAGAGGAACGAAAGAAAAUUUGUGAAUUAAAGCUGUAUGCCUACAUUGAUUAUAAAGUAUCUAUGAUAAAAUUAAAAUAGUAUGUAUACACUAUUAGGAAGUCCAUUAAUUUACGCACAAUCUAUGUGGAAAUUAAUGUUACUGGCACAGAAAACAUAUAUUUUUCUUAAAUUUGUGCAUAGUUUCUUUAGUUGGUAAAGUAAAGUGGAGAUAUUUUAAAACAAACUGUAAAUAGUCUGAAUACUUAAGUAAAAGAAUUCAUACAUUUCCGUGAUGUAACAAACACACCUGUUUACAAAAUCGAACAAAUAUGUAGAAAACAAAACAUUAAUUAUUUAGUUUUACGGAUGUCAUACCCCGUUAUAAAUUUUUUACAUACGGUCCACUAACUUUCGGAAAAGGUUUUGCCAUCACCAUUCAUUUCAAGGAAAACAUUACUAACUGUGUGCUUUCAUUUUAAUAUUAAGUUAAAUAUUUCUAUUUAUGAAUGAAUUGUUUAUUUAUUAUAUUAUAUCCGUCAAGGUUUUUUUUUCUUCAGUCCAGCGCAACAAUCAAUUGCUUCAAAAAUAUACAGUGUUCAUUUAAUUCGUUGGAAUGAAAAUGUCAGACAACCUAAAAAUCCUGAAUACAUCCCCAGUAUAUUUCCAAACAAAUAUAAAAAGAAGGCUGCCUCAUCACACGCUUUCGAGAGGUGUGAAAGAGCCGCAAAAAGAUUAAAAACAGUAAAUAUAUAAGUAUUAUAGUUUAUGAAAGUUCUAUUAGUGAUUAUAUUAUGAAUAACUAGGUAAGGUGCGAUACAAACAGAUGUUAUUGAAACCAUUGGUUGUGAUUUUAUUUUUUUCUAAAUGCUUCGGUAGAAGAUAAAAUGACAGAUUCAUUACAAAUGAUUAUGGAUUAGGGACUAUUAUAAUGUGGUGAAGAGGUCAUGGCUGUCAAAACAAUCAUAAGGAAACAAAACAAGCAUCUCCAACAAAGGGGUCAUUGUUGAAACACCACUAUGUCUUAAUGAUGGAAAAUUAGCAGCUGAAGAAGUGAAAAUUACUUACAGUAUUGCCAGUGGUCGGAUUAAUGUGGAUAGGUGCAUUCAACUAAUUAAAAUCGUAUAACGUUUUACACAGACUAUUAAUUGAACUUCUUCCAUAUGUUAACAAUCUUGUUCAUGUGUGUUGUUUUUAUUUUCCUAUUAUUCAAAAAAUUCAACAAUUUAAACAUUAUAAUGUAACACAUAUAGAAGAUAAACAUUAUAUUAGUUUGAUGAAGAUAUGAUACAUAAAAAGAGAAAACAAAGCUAGACAGAAAUAGAUAAACACAGGUAACCUAAAAUCUGUGAUGAAUGGCAUUUGUUAUUAUUAUUAUGUUUCUUUGAUUAUUUUAUAUUAACUGAAACAAGUGCAGGUAAGUAGUUAGUAAAAAAAAUGUUUCUAUUUUAUCAAUUUAUUUUUCACCAAAUGUAAAGUUCUUUUAUAAUGCUAUCCAUACAUGUUUUCUGUAAAAAUACAAAUCACAUGUACCAAUACCUGUUUUAUACAUUAGUAUCUGACACUGGGUACAAGACAUAUUAUUAUUCUUUAAUUUAACAUUUUCCCUUUUGUAUGGAAAUAAAUAUUACAAUUAAGAUUUACUACUGCUUGUUACGCAAUUAUUCCUGCAUAAAAUGACACACUUAACUUUGAAUAGGUAAUCUUUCAGCCCUCCCUCCGCUAACUACAAUAUAAUCAAGGCUCCUGCAAAGCCAUGAACUAUCAGAUCACAAUGUACACCUAUAUUGUAUAAAAUUUUCUUUGAUAAUUGACUGUGCUUCAGAUUUCGUGCUGCAACAGAAACUAGAAUUUAACGAGAAUCUGCCAAAAAAAUUUUUUGCAAAUAAGUGAAAAUUUUCUCUGCUUUCUGACAUGUGCAGUUUUCUUUCAUAGAACUAUUCCGGACAAUCUGCCUGGUUAUAUGUUGUUACAGAAAUCUUUUAGUCCCUUCCCAUUCCUAACACAUGCAUUUCCUGUUUGCAAUAUUUGACGCAAAGGACAUGGAAUAUCAGCAAUGACCUCUAAUUCUAAAGUAGAAGUAGGAGCAGAAUAUUAUAGAUUUGUCUGAGGGAAUAUGUCACUUAUUCACUUUACCUUAGAAUACUUUUCUUUACAGUCAGUCGAACAUGGUUUUCCCCAUGUUAUAGAAAGCCAGUUUUUGAAAUAUGUUCAUUGUUAAUUUAGUAAAGAUUUCAGUAAGGCGUUUACAGAAAUUUCCAAGUUUUUACAGGCAAGGACAUUUUCUAUUUAUAAUAUUUCUUCUGCCAUCAAUUUACAAAAACAAAAUAAUAAACAAUAAAAUUUAAAAAUUGUGAUUUAUAAACACAGGGAUGUAAAUUACUUAAAUGAAGAGUUACUUGGUAGGGUGUAAGAGAAAAAUACUUUUGUUCGAUCACUUCUGCUUUUAAUGCAGAAAAGUCGCCUCUCUUUACUUUGUUGACAUUCACAUGACCACUAAUUCACAUAUUUUUCACUUUCAGUAAACUAUUCUUAAAAUGAUAAUAUAUUUUAUCAAUUGUAAACAGCGUGUAAUUUCAACAUCAAACACAAUUAUAGAAAGAAUUUUCCAUCGUAACCAUGUCCCUGAGAUCGGUGGGUUGCGACAGUCCUGCAAGUUGUUCAUAAGUGAAACACUAUGCAGCGCCACCAGUAUGAUGUUCAGACCCGUGCACGGUGCCUGUAAGCAGAACAACUCACACUGCUCACUAUACAUGUCCAUCCUUGUGAUACCUCAAGAAAAAAAAAAAAAAAAAGCAACAAUGCAAUGGUGAAAUUUCAUCAAGAAUAGUUAAAUUCCGCUUCAAUGCGUAAUUUCUUUAAAAUCUUGUGUUUUAAAGGUCAACUGUAAAAAUUGAUAGCUAUCGGAGCAAAACUUUAGAGUUGUUUAAGAAACACACAAACGGAAACUCAAGGAACUUUUAGAAAUUCAUAAUAUAUUUUUUUUAAUUUUUCAUCUUUAUGGUAUCUUACAGCUCUGCCAACGUAGCGUCUAGUGCAAAGGCCACUCAAAACUAAACACCCUUUAAUAUAAAUUAACUUGAAAUUGUAGCUCACCUUAUAUUGGUUGCACUUGGUUGUGAAAAAAUGUGGUUUAACUGUUGUAUCUCCGGCACUUAUCACCAUUGCGAGGUAAAAUAUAUACCAGUUUUUAAGUAUAACCGCAAACUUUAAAACACAAAACGUUUUAUCAAAAUCGAUACAGUAGUUUUUGCUUGAUAAACAAACGUACAGUUCCCAGUGUUGUAGGAGCAUGUCAUAUCACACAGUAUCCUGCCCUAUGUGGAGGGGAGACCAGCACAAAGUCACCUGGAAGCUACCUCUAGGGGAAGGGAACAACUGGCCACCCUACCGUAUUACACUCCUGGCUUAUGAUGUCUCAUCAGUGUGGUGUUAGCUCCCCGAGUUGAAGUAGCACUGUGUAUGUUGCCUUACAUUUCAUAUAGUAUCCAGCCUUAUUGUGAAGGAGAGAUAACCCCCCAAGUCACGAAAGAGCUACCUCUGGUUUUGCUACCGCAUUACACUCCUGGGUUGUUUGUUUCGUCAGUAGUUUGUCAACAUAGUGACGUGACACACAAGGCUCUAGAUCACUAGACUGUCGGUUGCUCUAUGGGUUUCUCUCUAGUGGUAUGGUUCGAAUAGGAAGUGUUUGCCAAACAUACAUGCACAAGGCAUUCUAGUCAGUCAUAAACAAAUAUAGAAGGAAGCAUUUACACACUUUAUUAAUGAAUAAAUAUGGGUACCUACCUACAUAGUAGGGAAUAACAUAGAGAAUGAUUCUAGAACAUUUGGGAUAUGUUACUUUUGACUGCAAUAUGAAUUGCCUUUCGAUGCCAGAUUUCAAUGCUGAUGAAUUAUUUUAAAACACUCAAGGCAAAACUGUCUUACUUAACUUUUUUAACUUAAGCUUUAAAUUACUUUGACUUACAUUUAAUUAUCGCUCAUGUGUACUACAGCCGUGUUGGGAAAGUUUUCUUAAUAUACGUGCUGUCAAAACUUAUAGACUCACUUGGUCAUGACACAGAUUAUUACAGUGAAUUUAUCUUCACAGCUUGGUAUUUAAAGUGUUUGCAUGCGCUCAAGUACUGCCACCUAGUCUUGUAAACAUUACCGGCAUGCUGUAAAAUUACACAAUGCGAACUGAGUGUAUGUUACCUGUUUAAAGUGAAAUGUUCUGAAUGACUCCCUAGCUUACUUUUCACCACCCACUGGAACACAUGCAUGUGUUCUAAAAGGGAUAAUUGCAUGAUGAGUAUUAAUGUGAAAAAAGAAAACCGGUUAAGGAGUAUUUAUACUUGCAUGUUCUAAAGAAAGUGAAAUUAGUGUUCUAAGACCGGUGCUUGUUGAUAUUUGUAAAGUAGGUACCUGUUAUUCGGCUGUUUUAGUUUGUGAACAUUGCAGUUGCCAAACAACGUAACGGGUUCUUCCAAUAUUGUACCUAUUGUGUUUGUCUCGCAAGUGUGUUUCGUCUCAGGGCAAGAGAGAGAAUACUGUGAUGCCGAAUGUCCCUUUUCCAUAAACUUAUCCCAUCCAAAGAUAUUUUAUAGAAUUUUUUGUACAUUUCUGUAAAAUAAUAACUAUUCAUAACACUGUAAUAUACUUGUACAAAAUAUUGUAUUGUAACAAUGUGUUGGAUACUGGGAUUUAUAGUUAAAUCAUUAUAUAAAAAUUUUAAAUCUAA